CGUGAUAUUCCGUCCCGCCCGCGCUGCGGUCGGUGCCCUGUCACCGCCUGCUCCGGCCAUGGCCAGGGCCCUUAGUCUGUAAAUUGACGACCAAAGCUCCCGACGCGGCCCUGGUCCUGAUGGUGGCGGCGGCGGCGGCGGCCCUGGCGGCCGCCGAGCCCCACCCCGCGAUGCCGCAGGCGGCAGGAGCUGGAGGGCCCGCCGCCCGCCGAGACUUCUACUGGCUGCGCUCCUUCCUGGCCGGAGGUAUUGCUGGAUGCUGUGCCAAAACAACAGUUGCUCCUUUGGAUCGAGUAAAGGUUUUAUUACAAGCUCACAAUCACCAUUACAAACAUUUGGGAGUAUUUUCUGCAUUGCGUGCUGUUCCCCAAAAGGAGGGAUACCUUGGAUUGUAUAAAGGGAAUGGUGCAAUGAUGAUUCGAAUCUUUCCCUAUGGUGCAAUCCAGUUUAUGGCAUUUGAGCAUUAUAAAACGUUAAUUACUACAAAGCUGGGAAUUUCUGGUCACGUGCACAGAUUGAUGGCUGGAUCCAUGGCAGGUAUGACAGCAGUUAUCUGUACUUACCCUCUUGACAUGGUUAGAGUACGCCUAGCAUUCCAGGUGAAAGGGGAACACACUUAUAAAGGAAUUAUUCAUGCAUUCAAAACAAUUUAUGCAAAGGAAGGUGGUUUCCUUGGAUUUUACAGAGGCCUGAUGCCUACUAUAUUAGGAAUGGCUCCGUAUGCAGGUGUUUCAUUUUUUACUUUUGGUACCUUAAAGAGUGUUGGGCUUUCUCAUGCUCCUACCCUUCUUGGCAGACCUUCAUCAGACAAUCCUAAUGUCUUAGUUUUGAAAACUCACAUAAACUUAAUUUGUGGUGGUGUUGCUGGAGCAAUAGCACAGACAAUAUCCUACCCAUUUGAUGUAACUCGUCGGCGAAUGCAAUUAGGAACUGUUCUUCCAGAAUUUGAAAAGUGCCUGUGUCAUUAUUUAACCAUUCUCUUUCAGUACCAUGAGGGAGACUAUGAAGUAUGUCUAUGGACACCAUGGAAUUCGAAAAGGAUUAUAUCGUGGUUUAUCUCUUAAUUAUAUUCGCUGCGUUCCUUCUCAAGCAGUGGCUUUUACAACUUAUGAACUCAUGAAGCAGUUUUUUCACCUCAAUUAAAAAAAAAAUCGUGAUUCCUUUUCCUUAAUAAACUCUCAGAGGGAGAAAUAACAUGUUAAUUUGGGGGAGACCAUUACUUGAAAGGGGAUAUUUUACCCUGUCACAGGAACCACUGGUAUUUUAGUACUUGAUUUUUUUUAUUCAUCACAAAUCAAAAGUGCUUACUAUACUUUUUGAUGCCAAAAGUUGUAUCUUAGAACAUUGCAAAAAAAUUCCUAAGCUGAUGCUGGCUAAUCAGUAAGGUUAUUUGAAACCAUUUUAAAGUGUUAUUUGGAAGUAGAACUAACAUAAAAUGGGAUUCAAGAGGUUGCCAUUAGUUUUAUCAUGCUUUUCCAAGCUUUUAAUUGCAAUCAUGAUUUUCAAAGACUAACAUUGGUUAUUGUUAUUAUUAUAAACAGGCUUAGUUAUAUUGUAGCAGAAUGAUGAGAACUGAAAAUUUAAGUAAUAUAAAACAUAGCUUAGAAGUCAGCAUUGAAGUAUUAUUCUUAACUAUCUCUCUUCUCAUAAUUCUACUCCACUGGAUAAUAGGAUAAACAGUUUUUCUCUUCAUUUUUUUAUUGAAGUAAAUGUUGUAUUUAAAAAGUAGCUAUGUAGAGACUCAGUAAGUCAGGAAUUUUCAGGUAAUGCUCAAAUGUUAUUACAAGUUUCUAUGAGUGAUUUAAAAGUAUUUUUAAAAGUCAGUGUAUUUCCCAAAAGCAGUAAUAAUAAAUACAGAAUAUCUUUGUUCUCAAAACAGAUUCAUUUUAUAGAUUUGUUUUUGUUAGGUAAUUUGGUGUAUAGUAGAAAAUGUAUUUAUGUGGGCUGUGAAAUAUUCAUUAAUAUAGAUGUGAAGGUCAAAGAAUGUUUCUAAGGUAUUAUGUCAUGAUAUAUCAACUAGUUCUUCCAUGUAAAAUAAUUUUAGUGCAAUAUAAACUAAAGUAGAAAAUGUAAAAUGUGAUUUGAAUUGCUAUCCUUUAUAUUAAAAUUAAGAAUUCCAUUUAUAUGUUUACAAUACUUUUUAUGUUUUAUUAUAAGCAUGACAGAAAUGGAAGGGGAACAGUGAUAGUUCUGUCCUUAGAAGUAGCAAUUUGUAGAAUUGAUACAAUUUUUAAGACAUUAGAAAACUAAGUUGAAAGUUAUUUCUGCUUCAGUUUUUAUUCUUUUGCAUAAAGGAUUUCUUGUCAUACCAUGGUAAAAAUUAGAUGAACUGGUUUCAUUUUCAAAGUCUUUAUUUUAAAAUAAAUAUGUAUCUUUGUAUGAUUUAUGAGUGUAAAUUUUUACCCACAGGUAAAAAUACAUGUGUUCCUAAAACUAUUUUGUAUAUUUUCAUUUCUGGGCUACACUGUAGCUAAAUACUGUUAUCAAAUCUCGAGAUUAUUUAAAUGUUUUAAAUGAGUAUUUCAGUUAUAGAGGACUGCAAAUAUUUUUUUAAAUAAAAUUUUGCAUUCUAUGUCUGUUACAGAAUGUAUAGGAUAUUAAAAAUAAAUUUUAUUCAUAUUUCAACAA